AUGGAUCCAAGAGCUUCGAUUAAAACCAAACUCAAAGCAAUUUUUGAUUUCCAUAAGCAUCGGCGAUUCUAUGAUAGGCUCGCACAUUUACCGUUUUGGAUACUAUGGAAGAUUUGGACAAGUCGCAAUAAGCUCACAUUCCAGUAUAAGAAUAACCCUUGGCAACAGGACCUUAGAGAAGCCAUACAUGAAACAGAAGAAUGGCUAACAAUUGAUACCAGACGAUGCAACACUACUUCCAAUGUUAACAAUAAUCAAAGAGACCCGCCUACACCAAACUCGUGGCAAAAACCCCCGCAUGGCUGGCUGAAAUGCAACUAUGAUGGAAGUUUCAUAGACAGAGACAGACGACCCACUGCAGCUUGGAUUGUACGAGAUGAUCAAGGUCAAUUUAAGGAGGCAGGACAGGUAACAGGACCACCUGUAUCAUCAGCCCUUGAAGCAGAGUGUAUAAGUCUAUCUUAUGCCAUCAAACAAUGUUGGCUAAGCGGUUUUCCUAAAGUCAUCUUCGAAGGUGAUAAUCAAGUUUUGGUCAAUAUGCUCAAUGGUAACAACACACGAUUCGACAUCUUCAACUGGAUACAAGAUAUAAAAGGAUGGACUUCCCGGUUCGAAUCAUUUGCUUUCAAAUGGAUACCUCGUUCUGCAAAUCUACUUGCUGACAAGCUGGCUAAAGUUUAA